UGAAGCAAGCAAUGGAUUCCCUCCCUCUCCAUGUCUGUCAUGUCUACAAACUAUCCAUUCUCCUGAACAGAGCAUACUCCCUUGUCCACUCCACGGCUUUGGCUUUCUUGAUUUACUACAGAGUCUCCUUCCUCUUCCAAGAUCUCAACAUCAGAGCCACGCCAGGGCUAGUACCAUGGCUUCUUGUGUUCGCUUCUGAACUCCUCCUCUCUUUUAUAUGGCUCCUCGGUCAAGCUUUUAGAUGGCGUCCCGUUACUCGGACAGUCUUUCCAGAAAGAUUACCGGAGGACGAUAAGCUCCCUGCCAUUGACGUGCUCAUAUGCACCACAGAUCCAGACAAAGAACCAACUGUGGAGGUGAUGAACACUGUGUUAUCAGCCAUAGCGCUGGACUACCCGCCCGAGAAGCUUAACGUGUAUGUUUCAGAUGAUGGUGGGUCUCCUCUGACUUUGCAUGGUAUGAGGGAAGCUUGGAGGUUUGCAAGGUACUGGCUUCCUUUUUGUAGGAGGUAUGGAAUCAAGACCAGGUGUCCAGAGCCUUAUUUCUCGGCUUUAUCUGAUGAUGGAGGUUUAGGGAGUUCUGAGUUCACGACAGAGCGCCAGAAAACUAAGGAAAUGUACGAGAUGAUGAAGGACUCUAUAACAAAAGCAAGAGAAAGAGGCGGGCAAGGCCAUAGUAGGAGCAGUACUGCCCGAGAUCACCCUUCUGUCAUUGAAGUGAUGCAAGAUGAGUAUAAUGGCCCACUUCCUGUGCUAGCAGCUGACAAAACCAAGAUGCCUCUCCUCGUCUACGUUUCUCGUGAGAAAAGGCCUUCUCAUCCCCACCAUUUUAAGGCUGGAGCUCUCAACGUACUUCAAAGGGUGUCAAGUGUGAUAAGCAAUUCGCCCUACAUACUAGCGCUGGAUUGUGACAUGUACUGCAGUGACCCGACAUCAGCAAGGCAUGCAAUGUGUUUCCAUCUUGAUCCUAACAUCCCGCCCUCGCUCGCUUUUGUUCAAUUCCCUCAGAGAUUUCACAACAUCAGCAAGAGCGACAUCUAUGACAGUCAGCUGAGAACACUGUUUUCGGUGCCAUGGCAAGGCCUAGAUGGGCUUCAGGGACCUGUGUUGUCCGGUACGGGCUUUUAUAUCAAGCGGGUUUCGUUACAUGGAAGUACCAGAAAUAUUGCAGACAUGGAUCUCGAGGAACUUAAACAAUCAUUUGGUUCAUCCAAUGAAUUAAUCAAAUCCGUUCGCCGAAUCUACGAGCCAAAUUUGAUGGACGAUCAGGAUAGUUUGCAAAAAGUGACUCAAUUAUUGGCCUCCUGUUCGUAUGAAACCAACACCAAAUGGGGAAAAGAGGUUGGUUUCUUGUACGAUUCUGUGGUGGAAGAUUACUUUACAGGGUUCAGGUUACAUUGCGAUGGUUGGACUUCCGUUUAUUGUGAUACAUCGAGGCCACAAUUCUUAGGAAGUGGUACCACGAAUUUGAAUGACGUCUUAAUUCAAGGGACCAGAUGGAGCUCCGGGUUGAUAGAUGUCGGUUUCUCAAAGUUCUGCCCUCUUAUAUAUGGACCAACCAGAAUCUCCAUUCUUGGGAGCAUGUGCUAUGGAGAACUUGCAUUUUUCCCUCUUUAUUGCUUGCCAUUAUGGUGUUUUGCCACUAUUCCUCAGCUCUGUCUUCUUAAUGGAAUUCCCUUAUACCCUAAGGUCUCAAGCUCCUUUGUUGUUAUUUUCGUGUUCAUAUUUGUAUCGUCUCUUUCUAAACAUUUAUAUGAGGUCCUAUUAACCGGAGGGUCAUUCCAAACCAUGAAAAAUGAACAAAGAAUAUGGAUGAUCAAGUCAGUUACAUGUUACUUGUAUGGAAGCUUAGAUGCUAUUAUGAAGAAGAUGGGUAUGAGGGAAGCCAGUUUCUUUCCAACCAACAAAGUUGUAGACGAUGAACAAGUCAAGCUUUACCAAAUGGGAAAGUUCAAUUUCGCUGCGUCUAACAUUUUUCUUGUUCCUAUGGUUGCUAUAAUAAUCUUAAACAUGGUUGCCUUCGUUGGUGGACUUCUCAGAGUCAUGUUUGUCGGCGAUUGGGACAAGAUACUUGUGCAAGUUUUCAUCUCAGGCUAUAUCUUAAUCAUGAAUUUCCCACUAAUCGAGGGGAUGAUGAUAAGGACGGACAAGGGACGAAUUCAACCAUCGGUCACUCUAUUGUCUGCUAUUGUAUCCAUUAUUUUCUCCUUUUUAGGAUCUAUUAUUAUCUCAAUUUGUUAGGUGAGAUAGUAGAGAACCAUUUAGCUCGUGUUUAUUUUGUGCUGAUCAUGUCAACCAGCCAAAUCUUGGUAUGUAUCAAAGGAUCUCCCUUUAUUAUU